AUGCUGAUUGGCGUUGACAUUGGCACCCUGAGGCUCCGCAUCAACCAGGUGAUCGCCGAGCCGUUGCACAUCGACACCAGCGGCGAACACUUCACCCAGAGCUCGGUAGCGGUGUGGGACUUGAUCGCAAAGUGGCUUCCGCAACUCGACUUCCGCCCCACCAAUGCCAUCGCCAUCACCGCCACCUGUCUGUUGGUGGUGCUCGAAUUGACUACCUACGGCGGCCACCGGGUUUUACGCCCGUUCAACUGUCUUGCUGACCCCAAGCACUAUACGCUGGCGGACGACCACGACGUGUGGAUGUGGAAAGACCAGCGGGCGCUACGACAGGCGGAUAAGCUUACGGAAGCGUUAAAAGGUACUGUAUGGCUCCAGCAGCUCGGCGGGCGCAUCACGCCCGAGAUGGGGGUGGCGAAGCUCAAGUGGCUCAGCGACCACUACCGCGACCGCCACUUGGUGGUAUUUGAGUAUUAUGACUGGAUCCAGUACUUAUUGCUUCACGGAGGCUACCAUCGCGAUAGCGACGGCCAUGUCUACUUUGACUACCACCCAGUGACUACUCACUACAGCGCCGACAGCGCCGCCAUUGACGGCUCCGUCAAAGGGUGGGGCGCUGAGCCGUGGGCCCGGUUCGGUAUUGGCUCCCACAUCACUGCCGGCUGUAGCAACAGCGACGGCACUAUGCUCCCUCUCGGCGUCCCCGUGGGCGACGUCCAUCCUACCAUUCUCCUGCUCACCGACGCCAAGUCGAUGAUAGUAGCACUGGGGGGAAUUGACGCCUACGCCGCCUGGCUUCUGAUAUACCGGCCCGACGCCAACCUGGUGCAGAUGAUCGCCGGCACGCUGACGUGUUUCUUCGUCGCCGAUCACCGACGACGAGCGCUCCCCAUCCCAGGGAUAUGGGGACCAUAUAAGGUAGUGGGACACGACCACGUCAACUUAUUUGAGUUUGGCCAGCUGGUGACGGGCAAAUUAUUUGAGAGGAUAAUUGUUGACUUGUGCAAUUUGGCUGGGGAAGUGCUGUAUGAGGACCCGUUCCGCUUCUUAGAGCACAAAACCGAGGAGUUGGAGCAAUUGUACAACCACCACAUUUCCGAGAUCAUCAAGCCUUACAUGUACUACGGGGACUUGGUCGGUAACCGUUCUCCCUAUAAUCUAAGCACGAUGUCGGAGUUGGUGAUUGAUGGCCACAACUCACGCCCCGACCUCGCCAGUGUCCUCGACUUCCUGGUGGAGCUGAUGGUGGUGCGCUAUAAUUUGACGAUGGAGCACUUGGCGUUCCAAACCCGCCAGUUGAUCGAGUGCUACUGCCAAGGCGCCCAGACCAGCGUCGACGGUAUCGUGGUGGUGGGGUCGCAGGCGCAGAACGACCGGCUUCUACAGCUUAUCGCCAACGUUACUGGACUCAAAGUGUUGCGGACGCAGACACUGAUGGGCGAGUUUGGCGGCGCUAUCGGCGCCACGAUGAUGGCGAAGAUGGCGCGCCGGCUUAUAGGCGUCCGCGUGAGCAAGUCGACGUACCACGAGGCGCUUGUCCAGCUGGUGGAGCCGGGGCGCCGCUACCAGGAGUUUACCCCGCGGCCCAAUAAUGUUCUCAGCAACAAGUACCGCUUCUAUUGCCAGUUUGCCGAUCUCCAGCACCGGUUCAAGCAGGCGAUGGGCUAA